UACAAUAACCAUGAAUAUUUGGUUUUGUAUUGUAGUAUAAGAGAAUGUGAAUAUUAUAUUCUUAAAACAAUGUUCACGAAAUAUAUGAUUAUUAGUUCUUGGUUUGGCCGUUGGUACCUGGUGGCGCUGAGAUCUUGGAUCGCACAAUGGCUGCCCAUUAGCAGUCCAUAGGUAUAUAGUCAAAGGGUAUAUUCUACUUGCUAGAGCUAGAGUGAAUGUCGACGCGGCAUAAGAGAUCCGGACAACGCGGUGCUUCGAACGCGGCUUGAGCAUACUUGCACAGCCAUUUCCUGUCGCGCGGACAGACGCUCCGCGGUCGCAUCGGGAUUCUGAUCUUCGGAGCACGGGGAGUUGGUGUGUCAGUCGUGUGUGCACGACGUAUGGCCGACGUGGCGACUUUCCCUUUGUGAGUGGGCUAGCGGCGACGUAAUGCACGGAUCCGUCCGCGGACAAUCGUCAGAGAUCGUCGCGCGACAAGAUCGACUAGCACGAUUGUGUGAUAGCACGCAGUGGUCGUUUGCGCACGCCCGGUGCGCAUCCGCGGCCAGAUGAGCGCGGGAUUGCGGCGGGUAGACGCGGGGCUAACGAAAUUGCAGUUUGCGUGAAAAAGAGAGAGAGAGGGGGAAGGAAGGGGAAAGAGUGAGAGAGAGGUUCGCGGUGCUGCAUCAAGCUGCCGAUUUAUUUGACGGAACUCGAGGCUCGGGAAGCGAUAACGUCAGUGCGCGAUAUCGAGUGCGUUGAUUAGCGGAAAAACCGACGCCGCGUUCGACAUAGGUGGCCGCUUUGUCCGACGACUUGGACGACCCGUUGUGAUGGACGGCGCGAACGUGAAUGGCGGGAACGCCGGAGCACCGCGCGAGGAUCCUAACCUCGAAGGCGUCGACCGUGCUGGUGUGGAGACGCAAGACGCGAGCAACAAGAUGCUGCAGCCGACGAGCGGUGAGAACGCGGACGCGCAGGAGGUGAACGGCGACCUGAAGGGCGCUACCAGGAAGUCCGAUAUGCCGUCGCCGCGCAGGAAACUCAAGAGAUUCAAGCCCAACUCGGCGGGCGGCCAGCUCGAGGCCGACGCGACGGAGACGCUCGGUGCGCGUAAACGUAAAUUCUCCGAGGCCUUCGACGACGCGAGCUCCGAGGAUUCGGGCGAGUUCACCGGCUUCGACCGCCAGAGACUCGAGUUGCAGCCGGGCAGCCACGUCCUGAGUAAACUCAUUGGUAAUGUUCACAUUGCUGAAGCAGAAAUAGCGGAGGCUCAACUUAAGCGCCUGGGAUACCCAAAGAGCCUCGACGGUAGGGUAAAGAGAGAGGAUGAUCAGGAGCUGGACGACAUGAGGACCUACAUUUACGAGACGGACACCUUUGACAUAAUCAAGCUGAAGAGGGAGGAGAGCAAUAUUUAUGACACGGCGCACUUAGAGACAGGGAAGAUCAAGAAGGAGAAGGAGUCCGAUAAGUCGGAGACAGACUCUAUCGAUAUAUCGAAUAGCAUAGACUCCGAGGUGGAUCCGACCAAGUCCGCAAAUUCGUCGUCGGCGGCGAGCAGCCCGUCCGCGGUGUCGCAGAAGUCGAGAAGCAGUCGCAUCUCUCGCGGUGCCAGUCCGCUCGGUAAGCAAAAGACUGUCGUCGACAUGACGAGUCCCCUGUACAAGGAGCCGUUUAAGUACGGAUGGAAACGAGAGCUCGUGUUCAGGGCAAGUAACGAUUCGUCCUUCAAGAAAAUGGCGGACAUAUAUUAUUACACACCAAAGGGCAAGAAGGUUCGGAGCUUCAGAGAGGUCGCGGAAUCUCUCAAUUCGAAGGAGUUGACCAUCGACAACUUCACGUUCUUCAAGGAACCCAUCGGGCUCGACGAUCCCGAGAAAGAGAUCAUUCGAGACGCCAAACGAAUGCGAGGAUCUAUGGGAGGGGUGGGGAGAAAAUCUAUCGGUAAGAAACCUGCGCCGAAAAAGCCAGCUCAGGAGCCUCCGGCGAAAAAACCGAAAAUGGAACUCGCAACGAGGAAGUCGAUGCUGGAGCCUGCGGCUAAGAAGACGGCGCAGCAAGAACCGCCCGCACCGGCGGAGAUUCAGAAAUCUACUCCCGCGCUCGUGUCGGUCCCUGCGAAAGCUGUCAAGGCGACGAAAGCGUCGGCGUCUCCGGCGUACAAGACGAAAGCAGCUGCAAAGAAAACCCCUCAGAUAACAGAAAUAAAAUCACCAACCGAAGAGAGUGAGAUGCCCCUUCUGCCUCAACGAAGCACGGCGAGCACAAGGCGGAAUCAGCAACCAGUUGAGAAAGCUACGCCAGUUAAAACUAAGCGAUUACUAACGCCCAAAGUUCAAGAACCAUGCAGCAUAAGAUGCUCGACCAGUAUGGGAUUAAUACCAAGCUUACAGUGUCGAGUUUGUCUGUGUUUGUACCACCCUGAAUGCGUCGGUGGUGUGGAAUUUGUGGACAGUGAAGAAUACGUGUGCAAGAACUGUCAGCCGGAUAUCAAGGAAUCUCACACGUCGAACAAUCCGUCUCUGACGCCGCCGCCGUUGAUUCCGAUCAGUAUGUUAGGCGCGCAGAACGCGAAAUCGAAGUACCAGAGUAACUCGAUCCCUCCGAAGUUACAACGAAUCUCAAGAUCUGACGGCGGGGAGGCGCAGACGAGGAGUUCUGCCAAAGCGGCGAAAGUACCGUCCGCGAAUUCGAUGUCGAAUUUAGAUAAGAACAAAAAUACGUGGUUCCCUCAGACGGAGAACGAGUUCUUGCAGAGUCACGACGGUACUAUGCCGAAACCCGCGCAAAAUAUCGCUCUGAUGGGCGGCAAACGGUACAUCGUCGUGCCGAAAAAUAAUGCAAUGGCGGUGCAGCCGGCUAUAACCCUGAAGCCGGACAAGAUUGGCGACAAGCCGCCGAUGCUUCAAGACGGUUCGCUUACCGACAUCUCCAACACCGUCGACAACAACGUGACGAAGCUACGUACGCCUCCAGCCAGGUCCUUGAACACUGACCUACCCGAGAACGUUAUAUCCGACAACGUUGCACCUAGCAGAGAGGUCUCGAAGGACACGGUGCAUCCGGUAGACCUUGCGUCUCCCACCACGACCGAAAUGACUGAGACGAAGGUGUCCGACGAUAAAGACAGUAGAGACGAUACCAAUACCGCAGGGAAGGAAGAAUCGCUCGAGAUCAGAGCGCAGGACGAACCUUGCAUUGCUAAUGUCGACUGCACGUCUGAGAAGAAAGACGCGGACGUGGAUCACGAAGCGUUAGAAAAUAUAGCCGCGUUGAUGCACACGCUAAGCACCGAAGACUCUCAUAAAGAAGAUGAAGAGGCAACCGAAACGAUUCGCGAGCCGUUACCGGCUAAAGCGGGUACAGUAACAAAAAUUAAAGCUGCCAAACGAAGGCAGAUCCAACAGGAAGCGGAGCAGCAGAACUUCAUGGGCUCCGUUUGCGCCGGUUAUCACGCCCUGCUACGUAUCUUUCAAUAUCUCAAGGUCCAGGAGCUGCUGCGGGCCGCGCGAGUUUGCAAAAUGUGGCGUGACCUCGCGGCACAUCCGUCCCUCUGGAAGACAGUGCGGAUGAAGAACAGCCAGGUGACGGAUUGGGACGGUCUGGCGGACACGUUGCAGAGACGCGGCACGCAGCACCUGGAUCUCAGGAAAAUGCUGAUCGCCGGCGAGUCCGACAGUAUCUGGAGGAAAUUCUUGACGACUAUACCACGGGUGACGAGCCUGCUUAAGCUUGAGCUGUGCCGGUGUCCUGUUAUGGUAGUCGAGGAAGUUAUCAAAAAUUGUCCACAAUUGGAAGUAUUAAGUGCAAUGUCGAUCAAGUGCGACUCCCUCAACCUGGAGUCGGUCGGGAAUUUGAAACGGUGCCAGGAGCUGCGUCUCAAAGCGAUAAGCGGAAUGUCGUUGCAACAGAAUCUCACGCCGUUGCAGGAGCUGACGCAGUUGACGCAACUGAGUUUGACGUCAGUUAAGGAGCUCGGGAAAAAGAAGAUAGACGUGAUACAGACAUUAACGAACCUGGAGACGCUCGAGUUGGGCGAGUGCUCCGACUUCCCGGACAAGUUCGGUACCACCGUGCUGAUGAAGCUGAACAAACUGGAGCGCCUGAGACUCGAGAAGGGCCAAGGGUCCUGCUGCACGUUCGACAUCCUCGAGGGCGUGUCGAGAUUGGAGAAUCUCAAUCAGAUGGAGCUGGUGAACUUCGACGUGAAGAACGGCUUCGACAAGUGUCUCGCCAAUUGCAAGAAUAUCAAGAGGCUAUUGAUCAUACCGACUUACAUAUCCCAGUCGGCAACGUCCAACAACAUGGUGCUGGCGGGCGUUACCGAGCUGUCGAAUAACCUCACGCACUUCGUCUGGGGCGUCACGCUCGAGCUACUCAGGGUCACGGAACUGUUCGUCGAUCAGUGUAACCUGAUGAACAAGCAGGUUACCGGUGAUUCCAUACCGGUUCUAAAGCCAGUUCCUUGCUUAAGACUAAUCGAGAACGUCGAGAACGAGAACGAGAAUCCGAGAGGCGAUGAAAAACAGCCGCAUCUGGCGAGUCCACAGGUCGACAUUUUGCCGUUGCCGCAGCUGCAGAAGCUCCUCUUGACCGCGCUACCCAAGACGCGGGUCAAGAUCCUGAAAAUUCCCUUCCACGCCACAUGGCGGCAGAGCAUUUCCGACACCGCGACGCAAUAGAAGAGAGACGACACGAAGUUUGGGGAAAGGAUAAAACUGAACGACCGAACGUUGAAGUACAUUAAUAAUUAAUUGCUGGAGCGACAAAACUUUGUAAAGUUGAUUCUGCGUGUGAUAGUCCGCACGGUGUCACGUGCUCUGAUAUUCGCGACAUUUGGAUAGAAAGUAUCUUAUAUAUUUAUAUAUCAUGAGUUUUAUAAUAUCUUCAACGAUGAUUAGUAAUCGAUCUUUCGUGCAACGUAACGGUACACACUCAACAGUCGACCGCUGUGGUAUAUGAUGCUUUUGUGAUAAAUACGCGGGACCACGUAUCACGCUCCAUCCUUUUGUCGGCCAAGCAAAACGACACGGCAGCCUGGUACUCACCCGGUGCACGGGCCAAUUUAAAUUAAAUCAAAUAAAAUUUUGAUUUUCACAUAUAUCACAAUUUUACUCUGUUUUUUUAAUCGGAGGAGUCGGGGGAAGGAUUUUCGAGGAAUUAACAGUGUUGCUGCGCUGUGUACCUGCGUCGAAAAUAAAUCCAGCAAGAUCACACCAUAAGUAUGGGGAUACUUUUGGAUUCUCUUAUCGUCUCGUACGUUCAUCGGCUACACAAUCGACAACACAUACAUACACGCAAAAAGACAUGUUCGAGAGUAGAGCGAAUUUUCGAUGCUCGUUUGCGCGUUGGAUAUUUUUGUUUUAAGACACUUAAGGAAGGACAUGAAAUAUUGGAAACACAGCUAGGUUUAUAAUUUUAUGUAAUAUCACUUUCGAGUCUCUGCUAGUGUAGACGAGGGUGUGAGUCGUGCGAGUAAUCCAAACACGAUCUGCACACCUUCUAUUUAGAGAUUAUGCUGUAUAAAGUAGUACACGUAUAUUAUGAUAAUGUAUAACUGUAUCUGUAUCUUUAAUAUUAAUAAUAUAGGAUACGAGUUUUCCGCUGCAAAGGGAAUAUUGGCGAAAAUCUUGGGGGUAAUGUCGUGUAGAAUGUGUAAUAUACUUAUUAUUUUGUUGCACGAUAUCGCAUAAUCAAAUGUUACGAAGAAUUAUUGAUUAAUGUGUAAUCGAGUACAAAAUGCGCAUAUAAUAACUGUAAGUUUUCAAUAAUGACUGUGUCUAUAUUCCUUUUGAGGAAGGCACAAACUUGUUUCUUUACUUCUGCGACCCUGCCUCAUUAUUUUCUUUUUGUAAGAAAUAUAUUAGAGAAAUGGAUAUAUACACGCAUAUACAUAUACAUAUAUAUACCAUAUAUAUAUACCAUAGUAUAAAAUAUAUAUAUAUAUAUUUUAUACUAUGGUAAUGAAGAGUGUUAGAGAAAUGUAGUAAAGUGACGUUUUAAACCAAUACAGAUUAGACACGUUAAAAUUAUGUU